AUGCCAGACGAUUUCCAUGACGCCGUUUCUGAAAAUCAGCCGGCUGGCCUGAUGACGGCUACCGUGGCAGUGAAACUUCCAGAUUUCUGGAAAAACGAUCCAGAUAUGUGGUUCGCGCAAGCCGAGGCGCAAUUCGCGUUGGCGAACGUGACAAAAGACGAGACACGGUUCUACCACAUUAUCGCUAAAGUCGAUCAAACCGUGAUCUGUCACAUUGCGGAUUUAGUGGCCCAUCCGCCUUCAGCCAACAAGUAUAAAGCAGUAAAAGAAAGGUUAAUCGCUCGAUUCUCACUUUCCCCACAGGCGAAGUUAGAGAGACUGCUAGGAUCACACGAUUUGGGAGACCUCAGACCUACACAUUUGCUUGCUAAAACGCAAGAAUUAUCUGCCGGUCUGGCAGUUGAUGUAAGCUUGCCAAAGAUGUUCUUUCUACAACGGUUGCCACCGCACAUCAGAGGCAUUCUGUCAAUUAGUGAUGGCACUGUCACGAAGCUUGCGGAAAUGGCCGACAAGAUGGUUGACUCCUGA